AUGAAUACUGGCGAAGGAAAAACACUCACCGCUUUUUUACCAAUUUGUCUUAAUGCUCUUUCGGGAGUUAAUUUAACUAAUAUUUCCACAACGGAGAAAAAGGAAUUAUAUAAUGGUUGCACAGUUAUUUAUACUACUGGCAGUGAAUUAGGAUUUGAUUAUCUACGUAAUAACUUGAUAAAUAAUAUUGAAGAUAAAAGAAAGCAGGAUUAUUAUUAUGCCAUUGCCGAUGAAAUUGACUCACUUUUUAUUGAUGAAUGUACCAAUCCCCUCAUUAUUUCUCAGCGAGCUCAGGGCGAAAAUGUUAUUAACCCAGCCGAAUAUCAAUUAGCGACCAAGUUAGUUAAUUCCUUAGUUGAGAAAAAAGAUUAUAAGGAGGAACAAAAGCUAGUGCUGGUUGAUGCCUUAACGGGUCGCUUAGUGCCUAAUCGUGUAUAUAGCUCUGGUAUUCAUCAAGCGAUCGAGAGUAAAGAAGGCUUGCCAGUCAGUACCAAAAGUAAAACCAUUGCUACUAUUACUUAUCAAAAUUUUUUUCGCCUCUUUGACAAAUUAUCAGGCAUGACCGGAACCGCCAAGAGUGAAGCUGACGAAUUUCGUCAAGUCUACGGAAUGGAGGUAAUUACCAUUCCUCCUUAUCGGAAGUUAAUUCGCAAAGACCGCAACGAUUUAAUUUUCUGGAAUAAAGAAAGUAAAUAUAAGGCUAUUAUUAAGUUAAUUAAAAAAAACAGCCAAACCAAAAAAAGGCCAAUUUUGAUUGGCUCGCCGAGUGUGGAAAUUUCUGAAUACUUGUCCUCUUUGUUGGUUAAAGAAAAGAUAGCUCAUUACAAAUUAAAUGCGGUAAAUCACCAACAGGAAGCGGAAAUAGUGGCCCAAGCCGGACAAUUAGGUGCCAUUACUAUUUCCACCAACAUGGCGGGACGAGGUACUGAUAUCGUUUUGAGUGAGGAAAGCAAGAAAGCGGGUGGCCUGCUAGUGAUUGGGGUGGAGCGAAAUACGGCUCGACGAAUUGAUAACCAAUUACGAGGUCGGUCCGGACGACAAGGCGAUCCGGGCGAAAGCCGUUUUUAUGUUUCCUUAGAAGACGAGUUAAUCAAGAACUUUGGUGUUAAAGAGCAAGUAGGGAAAAUUUUUAGUCAAAAGCAACUAAAAGAACUUUUCCAUCGUCCAUUAAGCGGCAAAAUAUUUAACUAUCUCAUCUCUGAACCCCAAGAAACUUUACGGAAUUUUUCAGCCUCCAAUCGUCAAUAUCAUCUUAAUUAUGACUUACUUAUCAAUCGGCAGAGGCAACUUAUCUAUAAUUAUCGCAACAAGUUAUUAAGCGCACCCGACCUAACCAAAAUUAUUAAGAAAAAAACCCAAAAGUCAAAAGGAGAAAUUGUGCCAAUUGAACCAGAAUAUUUAAAAGCUCGCUUAGUGAAAGAAAUAGAUAAUUUUUGGUCGGAAUACCUGGAGUCCUUAAAUAAAAUUCGGACAGAUAACUUACUUACUGCUAUCAAACUGCCUUUAAACUCAGAAAAAUUGAGGGUUCUUUGGUUAGGAAACAAUAAUUUUCCAACAGCUGAUUUGACUUGCUUCGCUAAGUAUUAUAACUUAAACGAUCUAAGAGUAGGAACCGAUGAUGAAGCAAAAAUACAAGCUGAUGUUUACAAUCGUUUUGGUGGUUCCCUAGAGGCACUUAAAAACUUAACUGAGUUAAGAGUUUUAGGACUUUCAAAUACUGAUGUUGAUUCUGGUUUAGAAUAUCUGCCAGAUAGUUUGGUGGAGAUUUAUUGUUAUAAUUUGUGUAGAGAUGAAGCUGAAACUAAGGAAGCUCAAGAAGAAGUCAUUAUGGGAAUAGUUGUUCUUGGUGGAAUUGGAACAAUAAUUUAUUUCGUUACUAAUUCUAAAAACAAUAAAACCGAAACUAAAAGUCAAUCUAAGGAAGAAAAAGCUCAACAAUUACAAAGUCAACUAAACCAAAUACAAACUACUCUAAAUAAGUCUGAGAAUUCCGGUAAAAAAACUAAAUUUUCGGCUCAAUUAUCUGAGAUAGAAAAUAAAUUAAAAACUCUCCCUCAGCAAAAUCCCCAAGAGCAAGAGAAAACUAUUCAGUAUUUAACACAGAGCAUUAAAACAAUUAGUCAAGAAUUAAAAUUACCUGAGAAAGUUGACGACCCUAAACCCAACCAAGAAAAACCAACCAAAAACCCUGAAUCCCCGGAGAAAAAAGAUGAUGAUUUACCUGCCCUAGAUGUAAAUGGUAGUGAAAUAGAUUUUGCUAAUUUUAUCAUUUUUCUUAAAACAAGGGACAAACAUUUUUUCCAAGCAUUCCAAGGAGCCUUAAAAGAUGCUAAUUCUAAUUUCCAAGAGCAUUUUGGAAAAAGUAAUGAUAACCAAGUCGUAAGUUUUUUAGGUUUCAGUGGUAGCACAUUGAUUUCUCCGGUUCCAAAAGGCACAGCGGACUACAAAAAUAUCAGCAAAUUUACUAAAAACGCCCCCGAGGAACAGCAACAAGCACUCUGA